UCUCAAGAACGACUCUGGAAUUAGUUACAUGGAAAUUGAUCUUAAAGAAAUCUGAUGUUAUGGUGUGGAUUGGAUUUAACCGGCCCAGAACAGUGUCAAGUAGCCGGGUAUUGUGAAAUUGGUAACGACCAGGUAAACAGCCAUCAGCAUCCUUCGCAGACGCCUUAUCGCGAGAUAAAAUUGCGUGUGUUCGGUUAUCUACACCGGCGGUAUCUCUCGACUCAACAGACAUGAAUAGUUGCAAUUGUCGCCACGGGUUUCGCGACCCGACAGUGGGGAAGAGACUGCGCGCGCAUCGACAAACAUCGCACCUCUUCCGUCAACCUCCACGUCUCUUGUUAGCAGUAUUUAACUUCAAUAGUAGCGGUAAUAAUGGAAAGUGAAGCGCUCCAAGCAAGUUACAAGCGAUACUUUCACAAAAGGAUCUGUAAAUAAUAAUAACGGUCCGUCCAUCCAUCCAUCCACAACUGUGUUUUUGAGACGCCAACCACAGGACCAGGCCGCUCUGAAUGUCUACCUGACCGUGCCGAAUGCAACCAGCCUGCAAACCGGGGACCACAGUACUAACAUGGCAAAGCAAUUUGUGGGAGUGUAACAGCCCCCCCUACGAGCAGGACAUGAGAACCAACGACCUGGCCGACGGCCUCCAGGUCCAGCAGGAGGCUCACCGCUGCAAGCUGUACAAAUGGCGAUGGGUGAUGCUGCUAAUCUUCGUCCUGUACUCCAUGUCCAACGCCAUGCAAUGGAUCCAGUACUCCAUCAUCAGCAACAUCGUGACGCGGUUCUACGGAGUGGACAGCGUCGCUGUCAACUGGACCUCCAUGAUCUACAUGAUCACAUACGUGCCUCUGAUCUUCCCAGCCUCGUGGUUCCUCGACAAGAUGGGACUGCGGGUGUCCGCCAUAUUGGGGGCGCUUGGCACGGCGUGCGGGUCGUGGAUCAAGGUGGCGUCGGCGUCGCCUCACAUGUUCACGGUGGCUUUCGUGGGCCAGACGCUCGUCGCCGUGUCGCAGGUGUUCAUCCUGAGCGUCCCCCCGCGCCUGGCAGCCGUCUGGUUCGGCCCCAACGAGGUCUCUUCGGCGUGCUCCAUCGGCGUCUUCGGGAACCAGCUGGGGAUAGCCAUCGGGUUCCUGCUUCCGCCGAUGAUGGUCAAGAACCACGAUAACCUGGACGACAUCGCCCACGACCUGUCCCUCAUGUACUACUCAGUGGCGGGCUUCACCACAGCGCUACUGGUCCUCAUCGUGCUACUGUUCAAGGCCGAACCUCCAAUGCCUCCAAGUCCUGCCCAGGUAGAGCAGCGGGCCAAUGACGACACCAACUUCGUGAGCUCUUUAAAGCGGCUAAUAACAAACAAAGAUUACAUUUUUCUCUUGAUGUCAUACGGCUUGAAUGUCGGCGUGUUCUACGCCAUCUCGACUCUGCUGAAUCAAGUGCUGCUCGUCUACUUCCCGGACGGAGAGGAAGAUGCUGGCCGCAUCGGCUUGGUGAUGAUGCUGGCAGGCAUGUUGGGCUCAGUUCUAUCCGGGAUUGUGUUGGACAUGACUCAUAAGUUCAAGGAGACUACCUUGGCUCUCUACGUCUUCUCGCUACUGGGGAUGGUUGUUUUCACGUUCACCCUCGACACUGGAAAGAUCGCUGUCGUCUACUUCACGGGAACAUUGCUGGGGUUCUUUAUGACGGGCUAUCUCCCUGUCGGUUUUGAACUGGCUGCCGAGCUCACAUACCCUGAACCAGAAGGCACAUCUGCUGGGAUACUGAAUGCCGCUGCGCAGGUAUUUGGUAUUGCGCUCACAAGCGGAUAUUCGUGGCUGCUGGAAGUUACUACUCAUAUGUGGGCAAAUGGGGCAAUGUGCUUUGCUCUAGCACUUGGAAAUAUUCUGACUCUGGUGAUCAAGUCAGACCUGCGUCGGCAAGCGGCUCAGGGACCGCAGGUGACCAUCAUCCAGUGACGACAUGACAUGAGAACACAAAAAGAGAGUAACGAGGCAGGGAGUAGCAGACACAUCCAAGCGAAAGCAGUCAAAUGGGUCAUCUGAAAGUUGAAGGUCUACAGUUGCCCCAUCCAUAGUGGCUGCUUUUACUUUCGGGAUGCGAGUGUUGUGGAGGGCAGCCUUCACGGCAAGCGAAACUGCAUCAAACAGGUUGCCUCCACACUCCAGGAUCUGCAAUACGUUUCAUCACCAUUACAACAAAAGCCACAACGAUGAUUCUUCAGACAACCGUGACCCUAAUAACGUGACGGAUGUAGCAUCGUUUAGAUUCGACGCUCACUCGAACAAAGCAAGAAAUUACUAAUAUGCUCUACUUUUUAAUGGGCACAAUGCUGUAUAUAUUUCAAACUACUGAAAACAGAACAAUGAAAUUAUCCAACAUACAUACUGAAUGCACAAUGUAUCAUAAAAAAUUAACAACUGAUUCUUUUAGUCUGUAAGCAGAAUACAUUUUGUAAGUAAACAUUCCUUUAUAAAUUCUGUAAAUCUAUUCAAAAUUAACAAAAGUACAAAAAAAAAAGUUACCUAACCUUGUAGAUAUCUCACUUACCAUCGAAAAACUGUGUUUUUACAUUACAAAAAGUUUUCACAAGUGAAAAUAACACUUAACGUUAAAGUAACACAACUUACAGAAAUAUUCAAAGACCUGAAACUGCCACAAAAUAAGAGAGAAGUGAAUUCUGCAACGAUGUUGAGUGAAAGUAAUAUAAUGGACACACAAUGAACGCAAAGCGCAGAAAUAAUUUCCCAUAAUAUAUGGUGACUACAAACAAGCAUGAGGAGCUAUAACAAACACUCAAACUCAGUUUUAAUGUUUAUACGAUUCAGUCAUCCGAUAAUGACGUACAGCUUUCAUGAUGUAUAUUUAACAAAACAUGUAAUGUACAGCUACUGACAACGGCUUCACGAAGCUGAAACACACAUAAAGAAAUAAAUAGCCAACAAUUAUGGUAAAAGUGGUUGUUUA